AUGCCUCCGACUCGUCAUGUUAGGAGGGCGUACCACCCGUCCGUCUUACCGUCAUUGGUUUCGCCACCUUCUCCGGAGUUCGUUGAGAAAGCGAAGUCGAUGGAAACCCUGAUAGCAGACAUUGAUGCUAAGAUGGCUGCUGCUCGUUUAGGCGGCGGUGAGAAGGCGAGAGAACGGAUGAGGAAGGCUGGCAAGAAGCUCCCUCGAGAGAGGCUCGCUCUACUGCUCGAUCCUCAUACACCCUUUCUUGAGCUUUCACAGCUGGCUGCCCAUGAAGUCUACCCGGAAUCUAUCCCCGGCGCGGGUAUCAUCACGGGAAUUGGACGCAUCUCUGGUCGCGAAUGUGUCGUCGUUGUGAAUGACGCUACUGUCAAGGGAGGGUCGUAUUAUCCGCUCACCGUGAAAAAGCAUCUCCGAGCCCAGGAGAUUGCGAGGGAACAUGGCCUGCCGUGCGUUUAUGUUGUUGAAUCAGGAGGUGCUGCUCUGCCCUACCAAGCGAAUGUCUUCCCCGACAAAGAGCAUUUCGGCCGCAUAUUCUAUAACAUGGCGCAAAUGUCGGCCUUGGGAAUCCCCCAGAUUGCUAUUGUGCAUGGCAUCUCAGUAGCAGGUGGGGCCUACGUGCCGGCUAUGGCGGAUGAGAACAUCAUUGUGCGAGAGCAAGGCCGCAUCUUCCUCGCUGGCCCCCCUCUGGUCAAAGCGGCGACUGGCGAGGAAGUCGACGAGGAGACACUGGGCGGAGGGCAGAUGCACUCGUCAGAAAGCGGUGUCACGGACCACUUGGCUCGAGACGACGAACAUGCCAUCGCCAUUGCUCGUGGCAUCAUCAGCGACCUUGGUAAGGCAGGCGGAAAGGAGGUCCUACCUCCGGCACCAUCUGAGGAGCCUCUGUAUCCUACGUCGGAGCUCCAUGGCAUUGUAGGUACCGACCUACGGCAAGCGUUCGACAUGCGAGACGUGAUUGCUCGUAUCGUGGACGGCAGCAAGUUCAGGGAGUUCAAGAAGGAGUACGGCACGACUAUCAUCACCGGAUUCGCGCACAUCCACGGUUACCCGGUUGGCAUAGUCGCGAACAACGGCAUCCUGUUCUCGCAGUCGGCACUGAAGGCGACGCACUUCAUGCAACUCUGCUCGCAGCGGCAGAUCCCGUUGCUAUUCCUCGUUAACGUCACAGGAUACAUGGUAGGCUCCAAGGCCGAGAAGGGCGGGAUCGCAAAGGACGGCGCGAAGAUGGUCCGCGCCGUUGCGUGCGCGGACGUACCGAAGCUGACAGUGAUCGUCGGUGGAAGCUAUGGAGCUGGCAACUACGGUGAGACCUCUUCUCAGUACUCCCCGCGGUUCCUGUGGAUGUGGCCUAAUGCCAAGGUUUCUGUGAUGGGACCUGGCCAGCUCUCUCAAGUCAUGGCCACCGUCUCGAAGGAUCCUACGAAGCAUAGCAACCUGAAAGAUGAGAUCGAGGAACAGUCGACGGCCCUGUAUGCCUCCGCACGCUUGUGGGACGAUGGCAUUAUUAAGCCCACAGACACACGCGACACAGUCGGACUGGCCUUGGCUCUCGCUGCAAGGGAGAGAGGCACGACCAGUAGUUCAGGCAAGCCCUCAACGACAUGGGACGGCGACAGCAAAGGGUUCGGUGUCUUCCGGAUGUAA